AUGACAGCAUUGGCAGGAGGCUUAACGAGAAUGAUGAGACCCGGUCCACACCAGAAUUACGCACGGGGAGGCUACUCCCUUGAGGUGUCCACUCCUCUGGGCCAGGGUCGUGUCAACCAGCUCGGCGGCGUCUUCAUAAACGGCCGGCCUCUGCCCAACCACAUCCGCCACAAGAUCGUGGAGAUGGCCCAUCACGGGGUUCGGCCCUGCGUCAUCUCCCGCCAGCUGAGGGUCUCCCACGGUUGCGUGUCCAAGAUCUUGUGCCGCUACCAGGAGACUGGAUCCAUUCGGCCUGGAGCCAUCGGAGGAAGCAAGCCAAAGCAAAGUGCUUCCCCAGAACUGGACAAGAAGAUUGAAGAGUACAAAAGGGAAAACCCGGGAAUGUUCAGCUGGGAAAUUAGGGACAAGUUAUUGAAAGACGGCAUCUGUGACAGAAACAGCGUUCCUUCAGUGAGCGCCAUCAGUCGCGUCAUGAGGUCCAAAUUUGGCAGUUUGGGUGAUGAUGACGAGGAGGAUGGUGACGAGGUGGUGAAGAGGGAGAUGGAAGAGAACGAAUCGAGGACUAAACACAGCAUCGAUGGUAUCCUGGGUGAUAGAUCCAGUCACUCGGACGAGGGCUCCGACGUGGACUCUGAGCCGGGUCUGCCUCUCAAGAGGAAGCAGAGGCGCAGUCGGACCACCUUCACGGCGGAGCAGCUGGAGGAGCUGGAGCGGGCUUUCGAGCGCACGCACUAUCCAGACAUCUACACGCGGGAGGAACUCGCUCAGAGAGCUAAACUCACCGAGGCUCGUGUUCAGGUGUGGUUCAGCAACAGAAGAGCUCGAUGGAGGAAGCAAGCGGGAGCCAAUCAGCUGAUGGCGUUCAAUCACCUAAUCCCAGGCGGUUUCCCUCCAUCGGCCAUGUCGGGCCUGCAGCCCUAUCAGCUGCCCGAAAGUCCCUAUCCGGCAACUUCAAUAGCCCAAGCAAGCGAACAGCCCAGCACGGUGCAUCGACCGCAACCUCUGCCGCCCACGUCCGUGCACCAGAGCGGGCUCAGCUCCUCGUCCAGCGCUCAGGACGCAGGUUCGGCGUACUGCCUGUCGUCCGGACGUCACGGCUUCUCGGGAUACUCGGACAGCUUCGUGGCCCCGACAGGACACGGCAACGCCGUCAACCCCGCCGCCAUCGGCAACAGCCUCUCACCUCAGGUGAUGGGCCUUUUGAACCCAGGCGGAGUACCCCAUCAGCCUCAGAGUGACUUUGCUCUCUCCCCUCUGACCGGAGGCUUGGAGCCCAACGCCGGCAUGGCCGCCAGCUGUCACGGCUCUCAACGACUGGAGGCUUUACCGGGUCUAACCGGCAUGCCCGCCCUGCCGAGCACCCAGUCUUACUGCCCGCCCUCCUACACGUCGCCAGCCUACGCCGUUGACCACCAUCCGUCGUACCAAUACGGGCAAUACAGUCAGAGCAAGGUGCCUUUUAUUAUUUAAAGCCACCUUCUCUUCAACACGGAGGCUUCCCUGCACUUCCAGUCGGACUUAGCCGACGUCUCCUCUAGACCCCCAAGCGCCAAGCACCCCAAGGACUGCCACAGAGAUGGCAAAGGGUUGCAUCGCCGCGAUGCAGCGUGUACUGAUGGCAUUGGGCUGGACGGGAAUAAUUAGAACCCAAGGUGCAGCAGCCUCUCCAGUUACCUCGUGCGUCUCGUCAUGCGCCGAGGACCGGGCAGGAAAAGCAGGAUUGGUGGCGGGCGGGGGGGGGAUAUUUUUAAUACAUUCAAGAUUCUCUACUUGAUUUUUGCAACCUGUGGCGGACUUUAGCUGCAUUUCCAAACUUUGGGGCUCCAACACAAAGGGUGGAGCCUGACACGUUGAUUGGUCAGCAGGAUAACCAUCCCAUAUAGACACCUCUUUUCCUUUUUCUCUCUGGGACCAAGUGGAGCGAGGAUGAAUGGAUUUUCUUUCCUCGUCAAAAAGGCCAGAUGUUCUUCUGGAGGCUGACAACGAUGGAAAAGACAUCAAUCUACCCUGAUGUGGUUUCUGGUUGAAGACGGCUUCAACACACAGGUGAAGAGCCACAGGUCGUGUGUGAAACGGGACGAAGAGACGACCCAAAGAAAGUGCAAUACCUUCAUACCUCAUAAACGAACGCAGACCACAUGUGCACCGAUGUGUCCUACAAGAAUGAUUUUUUGUUUCGUCAUUCGUUUUGGGUUGAGUGCAUGGCCAAUCAGGGGAACGGUUGACGAAAAGCUGAACUAAGCCAAAAAAUGGAGGAAGAAAAGAAUGUGUCUACAGGAGAACACAUUUGACACUUCUUUUCAUUUGCAUGUAUUGAAUUUAUUUUGAUCAGGAUUUUUGUUCCAUUCCUUAUUUAUUUAGUUUUGUCAAGUGCUCUGCGUCUUUUGUAAUGAUGUAAUCGCAAGUGCUUAAGUCUUAAAACAAUGUUCAUUAUUCAUGUUUUUUUUUCUCAAAUCAUAUUGUAUCCUCUUUGUUUGGCUUCAAAUGAUUUUGUUUGAAGACUUUGUGUACAAUACAGCACUAUUUACUAUUUAUAAUAAAAAGAGGUCGUGACUCGGUGCGCAUGCUUCCAUUUUAAUUGGUUGUGCUGCUCCUCGCGGAGUCCCCAUCUCGGCCACCGGGGACAGUAUGAUACGACCAGACAGACGCAGAUGAAUAAAUAUCAGCACAACUCUUAGUGACAAUAUUUGAGUAAAAAAAUGACAAAGGCUAUUAUAGUGCUACAAAUCUCUCCUCUCCAGCAUUUCUGGUGACAGCGAUGGCAAUGUGUCUGUGAACUGCACAACUGGUGCACCCUCUUGAAGCACUAAAUCAUGAAUAUAUCCUAUUUCAUAACCACUUCUUUGGACAAAUUCCUGCUCUCGAGGGGCUCCUUUGCACCCCUUGAUGACUAAAGCAGAGUUGCCGUAAAUCACCCGGGCGCCCACUGGCCCACAGACGCUCUUGGACAUCAGUCACUGACAUGGGCUGCACAGGGUUCAGAGGUUCUUAUUGCAAAAAAAAAAAAAAAAAAACUUUGCCACCUCCGCAAAAAGCUGCAAAUAUCACUGGUGAGUUUUUAUCACUCCCACCAUUUUUUUUCUUCUCAUGUGGAGGAUUGAGGGAUCAGGUGUGCAGCUGUUAGCGUCAUUCAUUUGUCACUCUGCUAGUGUGGGAAUACGUACGCGGAUCGCAUUUGUUGUUUGAAGGCAUUUGGGGAAGCCAAUGUGCUGUAUUCAUUUUGUACAAUAAGAUAACCUUUAUUAGUCCCACAAUGAGAACAUUUGCCAAUACAUUUUAAUAAAUGAUUAUAUUUAAUAACAGGAUAAAUAUUGAAAUAAAAUAUAUCUAA